AUGGACAUAGCUAUGAGCGAAGCUAGAUACGCGUUAGAUGCCGGCGAAGUACCAGUCGGUUGCUGUAUAUUAGACAAAAAUAGUAAUUUAAUUGCAAAAGCGUCAAAUAACACCAAUCGUUCAGGCAAUGCCACCGAACAUUGUGAGAUGAUAGUUUUACGGCGCAUAUUAGCUUCCAAAAUCGAUGCUUCAAAAUGCGUAUUAUAUGUAACGUGCGAACCAUGCAUUAUGUGCGUUUCUGCAUUGCAAGAAUGUGGAAUUGGAAAGGUUGUAUAUGGAUGUCCCAAUCCAAGAUUUGGCGGCUGCGGUUCAGUACUAACUGUACAUAAAGGCUAUGGAAGAUUUCCGCCCUUACAAGUGGAACCUGGGGUGAUGGCCAAGGAAGCGGUGGAGAUGUUACAGGAAUUUUACUCAACAGGUAACCCAAGAGCGCCUGAAAAUAAACGUAAGAGACCCCUAAAACUCUAG